AUGACUUUCAGUCUACUCAACCUACCUAAAGUGUACACCAGCAUCUACAAUGGCCUAAAGGUGGAAAUUCAAAAUUGGCUCAUAUUGGAUGUUGAUAUGAAGGAUAAGUUAUCAAGAGGACAGGGAGACUGUCAGUUCAAAAAGCCUUCCGGUGAUAGUGAUGAUAAUGAUGACGGCGUUACCAUUGUAGACCCCGAUGCUCUCAGUAUAUUCUUUAUCCUUGUUCCACAACCUACUUAUGACUGGAAUGAUCCCUUGAACGAACCUCCAUUCAUCGGAAUUUGGACAAAGAAAACUUUCCCCGAGCUAUGCAACUUGAUCCUGAAGUACAAUGCACCCGGCAAAGCAGUCAGAACUAUGUGGGAGGCAAUUGGGAAUAUCCCUCCAGUAGCUGUUCCUCCCGUUCAGCCGGUGGAGGUACCAAUUACUGAUUCAGAGAAGCUCGAUGGUUGGUUCAAGAACAGCAGUGCCAGACCUUGGAGGAUAUUAGCAGUCCUCUACAGAGCAG